AUGGGACCACCGGUUACCGGGGCGACAGAACUCCACCCAGCGAAAUCCAGUCAGCAUGAAGCAGUUGGUUGUUUAGACCCGCACCGCAAGAAUCCUCUGCAGCCGACCAAGGGCGAGAAGAUCAUGCUGGCCAUCAUGACGAAGAUGACCUUAACGCAGGUGUCCACGUGGUUCGCCAACGCCCGCCGGCGGCUGAAGAAAGAGAACAAGAUGACCUGGUCGCCGCGGAAUCGCGGCUGCGAGGACGACGACAAGUCGGACGGGGAGAACGACGGCAACGAGAGCGGGGACGAGUUCCUGGCCAUCGACAAGGAUGACGGCUCACUGUCCGAAAUCAGCCCUCCACAUCUGAUGAUAACGGAUCAGAUCAAGCGAAUCCACGUCAGGCAAUCUCCCAUGCUAGAGACACCUUUGAAAGGUCAUCUUUUACGCUAA